CCAUACUUCAUACUUCAUGCUUCAUCAACAUUGAACAUAAAAUAGCUCCAGCCAUCAGUGGGAACCUGACCGCCCAAAUCACUCGUUAUACAUCACACCUGAAGAGAAGAGGCAAUUCCUCGUCUCUUCUAUAUUCCGGUAUUCUGUAACUGCCUCAACUGGCGUUCCUACCUUACGUUCACCAAGACCAAAAGAUGUCCGGAUCCGAUCCCAAGUACGCCAAGUCAAAGUUCUUAUCACGAGCUCCAUUGGAAAACAGUAAUGCCAAAUGGACUAGGUUGGUUCUGACUACAUACACUGAUCCAAAUGGUGUGGAAAGGACUUGGGAGUCGGCAGAGAGACAGACUCGGCCACCGGGCUGCGAGGUCGAUGGCGUGGGAAUCGUGACCAUCAUUGACAAGCCAACCGGCCCUGAAUUGCUGCUGCAAAAACAGUACAGGCCUCCUAUCGACAAAGUGGUCAUUGAAGUCCCAGCGGGUCUUAUCGACGCCGGUGAGACCGUUGAGGAAUGUGCGGUGCGCGAGCUCAGGGAAGAGACCGGCUAUGUGGGAGUGGCAGAGCAGACAAGCACUCUCAUGUUUAAUGGUAUCACAGAUCCGGGGAUGUGUAACACUAAUCUGAAUAUGGUUCAUGUGCGUGUGGAUCUGUCACUUCCUGAAAAUCAGGAUCCGAAACCGCAACUCGAGGACAAUGAGUUUAUCGAGUGCUUCACAUUGCCCUUGAGUACAUUGUUCUCCGAGUUGAAGAGACUCGAAGCCGAGGGAUAUGCCAUUGAUGCCCGCGUGGGAACAUUAGCAGAGGGCAUCGAACUGGCGAAGAAGUUGAAGCUUUAA